AUGGCGGAAGAAGCCCCGACACCAGUUGUUGCCCCAGUAGAGGCACCUACCCUGGUUCUUGGUGAGCCAAUGGACUUGAUGACUGCUCUACAGCUUGUCAUGAAGAAGUCAAGUGCUCAUGAUGGCCUUGUGAAGGGGCUCCGUGAGGCUGCCAAGUCCAUUGAGAAGCAUGCUGCUCAGCUUUGUGUGCUGGCUGAGGAUUGUGACCAGCCUGAUUACGUGAAGCUCGUUAAGGCACUAUGCGCUGAGCACAAUGUUCACCUGGUUACUGUGCCAAGUGCUAAAACUCUUGGAGAGUGGGCAGGCUUUGCAAGAUUGACUCUGAGGGCAAGGCAAGGAAGGUUGUGGGCUGCUCUUGCGUUGUUGUCAAGGACUACGGUGAAGAAUCCGAGGGCCUUAACAUCGUGCAGGAGUAUGUCAAGUCUCACUAGAUGA